GCUCGAUUCUGGGGAAACACCAAGGAGAAUAAGCGAUUAGCCAUUGGAGAUAACAAUUUGAAUUCGGCAAUAGACAGAGCUUGCAGUAAUAAUUCGAAUUUAGUCUGGAAAUGCCGUCAUUAUUCGUGUGGAUUUUAUUGAGCGCAUUGCAUCUUAGCCACCAAGGACAUUCAGAUUUUCUGGACGACUCCUGUGGAACCUCGAAAUUUGUAGCUAAAAUAUCUCUUGGCAAAAACGCAAAACCUGAAGCUGCUAGAUGGAUGGCAUCCGUUUUUGAUUCAACGAGUUUCCUGUGCGGCGGCACUUUGAUCCACAAAAGUUUUGUUUUAACUGCAGCUCAUUGCGUUGAAAACAACAACAGCGACCUAUUCGUGAAACUUGGAGCAUAUAACAAAAAACUGGGGACCCGUACAAUCCGUGUGAGCAACGCGAUAAGGCAUCAAGAGUACAAGAGCAAAGAUUACCGCCAUGAUAUAGCACUGCUUAGGCUGGAACCCAGUGUGACUUACGAUGAACACAUAAGACCAAUAUGCAUUUUCUUGGACCAGAGAAUGGGGAAACAAAUUCGGAAGUUCGAUGCCUAUGGUUGGGGUCAAACAUCUGAGGCCCCGGAGAGCGAUAUACUUCAAACUAUCACUCUUUAUCGAUCAGAUCCAAGAGAGUGCCAACGGGACUUGGGGCUGAUUCCCAGGGAGACGCAGAUAUGUGCAACAAGUUCAAAUAAUGGAGACACUUGUGGAGGCGAUUCGGGAGGUCCGUUGACCAGUUUACUGACUGAUGGAAUGCAUAAUUUCGAAACGCAGUUCGGAAUCAUCAGUGUUGGUACAUUACACUGCAGAGGACUGGGAAUAUAUACCGAUGUAUCGGGCUAUGUUGAUUGGAUUGUGAGAGCGGUAACUACCAAUCUUGAUAUGUGGUUGUACAAGGAUUGUGCAGGCUAUAGCCUAAAACCAAUCCUACGGGCAACAAUUUAUGUAGGCUAUCACAAGACAGAGGGCGUGAUGAUCACAGACCGAUAUAUCAUGACAAAUGACGUAACCUUUCCACAUAAUAGCGACUUUUUAUUUGUCGUUGUGAUGAAUACGAUGUACAGAGUUCAAAACAUUUUUAAGUUCAAAAGUGGUAUAGCAUUGAUAGAACUACAGCACCAGGUGACGUCCAUGGAUGGAAUGAAACCGAUCUGUAUGUUCGGGACCAAUUACCUUCAGCAGCACGACCAGCUUGGUAGUUAUUAUAUAUUUGGCAGUACAGAAGAUGGUUACAAAUAUUACUAUAAUGUUGAAACUGUAGACACCCAAGGAUGUGCAAAUCAUGUGCAAAAAAAAAUUGAGCCGAAUCAAUUUUGCGUCACUCAUAUACUCAGAACUAAUCACUGGCAGUCAUUUGUGAAACCUGGAGAUAUAUUGGCAGAAAAGAAUAUAAACUUUGUUCUAUUAGGUAUUGUCAUUUACUCAUCAAAUGGCAUGUACGUUAUAGAGAAUGCUAGGACAUAUACGGAGUCGAUUGCAGAAAUAAUUAAUUCGUUAAGGCAUUAUCAGGAAAUUAUUAUUACUUAGAAGUAUUUUUUAAUAGUUUAUCUAUAUGCUUUUGUCCUUUGCGUAUAAAGAAAUUGUAAACAUAUUUCAACAAUGAUAUAUUAUAAUAUUUUCUUUUUGUGAUACAUUUUUUUAAUGUUUUACCCUUUAUUGGCUUGCAUAAAACAUUUUCGGAGGCAUUACGCUUAUGUUUUU